AUGAAGUGUGAAUUAAUUUUUUUAAUAGUCUCAGCAGUGAUGAGAUGCGUCAUAUGUACGCAUUACGAUCAAAGUCAAUCGGGUGAUUUUAAUGUUCAAGUUGGACUAAAGGACUUACAAAUCAUAGCACUUUUGAACGGCGGGAAAGAAGAAUAUGUGGAUUAUGACUAUGCGUAUGAUUACAAUGAAAUGACAAUCAAACCGCAGAACCGGACGACCCCGAGACCAUUAAACGCUUCAACCAGUACUGAGCCUGACUCUGUGAGGAAUAAUAAAACUACAGUACCGGCAUUGCAUGAUCAAACAGAACCACCGACCAGAGCUCCUAUCACAGGAUUGUAUGAACCAUCGACAGACGUGACCGUUAUCGACAAUAAUACAACUACAAAAAACGCCAUUGAGGCUUCAUCAGAAACAUCUUUAAAUACAAUCGCUUCUCCAAACUCAACGUCGAAUGGUAAAAAAUGCAAAAAAGGUUUCGUUUUAAAUUAUAAAGGCGACUGUGAAUUAAAGUUGCAGAGCACGGGCAACGCCUUGUUAAAAUUAGUAAAAUUAUCACAAAAACUUAAAUUAAGAAGAGAAAAUAAAGAGGACUAA